CGGGCGGGCGCAAAUGCCGGAGGAGGUGGAAACGGGUGAAGGGUAAAGUUGAGCUGAAGAAUGAAGCAGAAAUUAGGGUACUAUGGAACAUGGAAGGAAAAAGUAGCAUUCACCUUGGUGGGAAACCAUACAAAUGUUCUUUGUGUGGGCGAGGCUUCAGCCAGUCAUCAGGUCUGUCGCGACACAAGCGUAGUCACACUGGGGAGAGGCCGUGGAAAUGUGGGGACUGUGGGAAAGGAUUCAGUCACCCGUCCCAACUGGAGAUCCACCAGCGCAGUCACACGGAGGAGAGGCCGUUCACCUGCCCCGAGUGUGGGAAGGGAUUCAUUCACCCGUCAUGGCUGCAGGCUCAUCGCCGCAGUCACACCGGGGAGAGGCCGUUCACCUGCUCCAAAUGCGGGAAGGGAUUUAUUCAGUUGUUCAACUUGCACAGACACCAAAGCACUCACAUGGGGGAGACACUGUACGCAUGUUCCAUCUGUGGACAGGGCUUCAGCCAACCAUCCGACCUCUCAGAGCAUAAAUGCAGACACAGUGGGGAGAGGCCGUGGAAAUGUGGUGACUGUGGAAAGGGAUUCAAAUCCCCAUCUGAGGUGGAAACGCAUCGGCGCAGCCACACAGGCGAGAGACCGUUCACCUGCUCCGACUGUGGGAAGGGCUUCACUUGUUCUUCCAAUUUGCUGACACACCAGCGAGUUCACACCGGGGAGAGACCGUUCACCUGUCCAGACUGUGGGAAGAGGUUCACUCAGUCAUCCCAGCUGCUGACCCACCAGCGCAUUCACACCGACGAGAGAGUUUUUAAAUGCCCGGACUGCGGGAAGCGCUACAAAACCUCCAAGGAAUUGACAUCCCACCAAAGGGUUCACACUGACCAGAGACCGUUCAGAUGCUCUCACUGUGGGACUGGGUUCAGGCAGUCAUCUCAACUCACCGUACACCAGCGAACGCACACUGGAGAGAAGCCGUUCACAUGCUCCGUGUGCGGGAAAGGAUUCACUCAGUCAUCCAGCCUGCUGAUGCACCAUCGUAUUCACUCCGGAGAGAGGCCAUUCACCUGCUCCCAGUGUGGGAAGGGAUUCACUCAGUCAUCGCAUCUGCUGACGCAUCAACAAGUUCACAAGAAACCACAGUGAUUGGAUUUUGCUGUUAAUCAAAUCCAGGCCUGAACCAUGUUCAUUGGGGUCUGUUUCUACUGAUGAUGCUAAACUCCAGCCCAGUUAUAGCCGUUAACAUUUUGGAGACAGUCAAAUUAAUUUUGUGCUCAGUAUAUGGCGUGUUGAAUCUUUUUAAUGGCUCAAACACAAGUUAUUACUUUUUGAAGGGGUCUCUCUCUCUCCCUUAUCUCUCCAUCUUCACUUCUAACAACAACAUGUGAGGAGCUUAUUCAGAUUUGUUUUGUCACUAAAACUGAGAUAAUGUGAUCAGCUCCCUCCCUCUUCUUAUGUACAAACUCACUGGGUCAUAGAGUUUCUAAAGUUCUUCUUUGUCCCAACAUUAAAUUCACAUCUUUCUCCAGUUGCCCUCCAAUCUUUCCUCAUGCCCUAUCAGAAUGCACCUUGUCCAUCAGAUCCCCUUCUCCUCCCUUGAUCCUAUUCACACUAACCCAACCUCCCCAUGUUCAUUGAUCAGUUAUCAGUAUCAAUCUCUCCGAAACCUCCAAUAUCCACACUCUCCUGAAGAAAUAAAGAUGGCCCCAUUGUACUUUGAAACUAUAUCCCUCUCUCCACCCUCCCUUUCCUUUCCACAGUCAUAGAUUCAUGCAGCAUGGAAAUACACCUUUUGGUUCAACUAGUCCAUGCUAACCAUGCUCCCAAACUAAACUAGUCCCAUAUCCCUCCAAACCUUUACUGUUCACAUUCAAGUCUCUUUUAAAUGGCGUAACUGUACCUGCAUCCGCCUCUUCCUCUGGCAGUUCAUUCCAAACACAAACCACUCUCUGUAUCAAAAAAGAUUGUCCCUCAUGUCCUUUUAAAAACUUUGUUCUCUCACCUUUUAAAAAUAGGCAGUCUGAUUUUGAACUCCUUUAGCAUUUUUACUCCAGCCUACCUCAUUUGAAUCUCUCCAGUCAGGUUUCUGCCCUUGCAGCUAUCCUGAAUCAGAGCCACCAAUGACACCAUCUGGGACUGUGACAAAGGUACACUGGACCUUCUUGAUGAUGACCAAUAUACCACUUGUCUUCCUAUUUGUUUGCUCCUCGUAAUGUCAGUUUUUAGGACUGUCUUGAACACUUUGGACACCUGCAGUUUCCAACCUCAAAUCUGAGAAAUAUUCUACCACCUUGUUUUUUUUUAAACAUAACCAGAGUGAAUAGCUUCACACUCACUCCGUCCAUGUUCUGUGUGAGAUAUUCUAGGCCACUCACUCAGUCUCUCCAAGUCCUCUUGAAGCCUCCUUACACCCUCUCCAUAACUUAGAUUGCCAUCCAUUUUGGUGUCAUCAGUAAAUUAGGGAACACAGUUGGUCAUGAUGAAGGACUUUUGCCUGAAACAUCGAUUCUCCUGCUCCUCAGAUGCUGCCUGACCUGCUGUGCUUUUCCAGCACCACACUCUCGACUCUGGCCUCCAGCAUCUGCAGUCCUCACUGUCUCCGAAUACAAUCGGUCCCGCCACUUUUAUUGAUUGUGAAUGGCUGGGAGCUGGCUUUGUAUUAAAAACAUUGGCGGGGACGAUAGGGCUGCUCUCUUAUUAGAAAGAAAUGACUUGUAGUUUAAGCUGAGGGUUACCACAUCACAGGCAAAGGGUGAGAUUGAGAAGGUGCAAUCUACAAGGUAACUUGAGUUGGUGCAGGAAUUCAACUCUCAUCAUUGGCAUCAUUAGCUAGCUGUCCAGCCAACUGAGCUAAUGAGUCCCCAAAUGUGGUAACCAGAUGGUAACUGGAACGACACAGAGGUAAAUCCCUCUGAUAAUUAAACCAAACACCCAGAAAAGCUUACCAUGCCUCAAUCUGUUAAAGUAUGACUGGCAGACAACUCCCAAAUUCCACUAUUUAAAGAAAAUAACAAAUUUAUUUUUUUAACUCUAAAAGCGAACAUUAAACAACCACUAUUCACAACUCUAAGCCCCCCCCCCAUCCAUUUCUCUUAAUUGCUUACUAUCUGCCUCCAACUCUAUAAAAAUAACCGAUAAGAAACUUACUAAAACUACAUCAACUUAAUUUCAAAACCUCACAGUUGUUGUCGUCUUCACUCCUCUGGUUGCUGCUUCCCCUGGGUCAUCAUCUUUCUUUUUACUCCAAGUAUGUUUCACAUGAACAGGUAUCUUUGAUGGAGAGUGUUUACUCAUUUCUUUUGAGCAAGAUGUUUAACGUGCAAUGAGCUCUCCAUGAGUUUCUUUCUCUACGGCAGUUGCUGCCUGACCAAUUUUCAAACUGUCUGCAUUCUUAUACCCCCAACAUUGGAUUGUCUCGUUGGUUCAAUGUUGGCAAAACAGUAAAUUCAAACUCGAUUGGGUUUUAGUAUCCUGGGGCAUAAUUUAAAUCAAGAGUUUAAAUUUGACUUCUUGUCAAAACAGCAACCUAAACUCAGAUAUCCAUUUCACAACCAAAUGCUACAUAUUUUCAAUUUCCCAAUACACUCUGGGACUGCCAUCUAGUCAUAUGACAGGUGCUUGUAAGCUCUCAGUUCAUAACAACAUUCUCUCUCAAAAGGUACAGUACCUGCUUUCAACUCCAUAACAUAACCAAGCCUGCCAUCUUGAGAACAACCCAUUUACUCUUACUUUCUGCUCUCCGUUGGUUACCCAGUUCUUGAUCUUUGUAAAUUCCCUCCAAUUCCAUGUGCCUUAACUUUGAUAACAAAUGUACUGUAAUACUUUCAAAUAAUCAGGCUGACCACUUUUUCUGGCAUGUUGUAAGCUAUUCCCGGUGAUCAAAUGCAAUCCUUAACUUUUGUUAGCUGAAGUUGAUUCACAAUUCACUUUGGGUGUCUUGGAGAAUAUUUCUCAAAUUAUGGGAGGGUAGAAACCGCAUGUAUGCAAAGUGUUCAUUACAGUAGUAAAAACUGGCAUUACAAGUAGCAAAUAAUUAGGAAGACAUCUGUCAUAACAAACAUCUCAUGCACAUACAUAUACACACAACGCCAAUACCCUGUUAUCCUGGUGGAAUAAUUAUUUA